CUUUUCGCGAUAAAAUUUCUUGAUUGCAAAUGAGAGCCGGUCUAAGCACGAUCCAGCAAACGCUAACGCCAGAGGCGGCGAACGUGCUGAGCCACUCCAUAGCCGAGGCGGGUCGCCGGAACCACAGCCAGACGACGCCGCUCCAUGUCGCUUCCACCCUCCUGGGCUCGCCCUCCGGGUUCCUCCGGCAGGCCUGCAUCAAGUCGCACCCGAAUUCGUCCCACCCGCUCCAGUGCCGCGCCCUCGAGCUCUGCUUCAGCGUCGCCCUCGAGCGGCUCCCGACCGCGCAAGGCGGCAGCCCGGGCCUCGAGCCGCCCAUCUCGAACGCCCUCAUGGCGGCCCUCAAGCGGGCGCAGGCCCACCAGCGCCGCGGCUGCCCCGAGCAGCAGCAGCAACCGCUGCUCGCCGUCAAGGUCGAGCUCGAGCAGCUUAUCAUAUCGAUUCUCGACGACCCGAGCGUGAGCCGGGUCAUGCGGGAAGCUAGCUUCUCCAGCCCUGCGGUCAAGGCCACAAUUGAGCAGUCCCUGAAUUCGGCCGCCCCGGCUGCCGCCAACACCAAUUCAGCCCCAAUUGGAUUGGGUUUCCGGUCGCCUGCCGUACCCCCCGCCGCCGCCGCCGCUCCACCGAGGAAUUUGUACUUGAAUCCGCGACUCCAGCAGCAGCAGCAGCAGCAGCAGCUUGGGAAUUCGAUCCAACAGAGAGGGGAGGAGGUCAAAAGGGUGGUUGAUAUCUUGUUGAGGCCCAAGAAGAGGAACCCAGUACUGGUCGGUGAGUCGGAGCCGGAGGCCGUGGUCAAAGAAUUGCUGAAGAGGAUUGAGAACAAAGGAUUGGGCGAUGGGCUGCUCAAGAAUAUUCAGGUUGUCCCGUUGGAUAAGGAAAUCGGGUCGGACGAGGCAAAGAUACCCGCGAAAUUUCGAGAAUUGGGUGAUGUCCUGGAGACCAAGAUGGGGAACUCGGGAGGAGGUGGUGGUGUGGUUCUUGAUUUAGGGGAUUUGAAGUGGCUGGUGGAGCAGCCAGCGGCCGUUUACGGUUCGGGCACAGUUCAGCCGCAGCAGCAGCUUGUCUCCGAUAAGGGGCGGAUCAUGGUGGCGGAGAUGGCGAAGUUGCUGUCAUGGUUUGAGAAGAAGAGUAGUUGUAGGUUGUGGUUGAUUGGGACUGCUACCUGUGAGACAUACUUGAGGUGUCAGGUUUACCAUCCUUCGAUGGAAACUGACUGGGAUUUGCAAGCACUGCCUAUUGCAGCCAGAGCACCUCAUCCUGGAUUAUUCCCAAGGUUUGGAGCGAAUGGAAUUCUAGGCAGUUCGGUUGAAUCUUUCUCGCCACUGAACAAUCUUCCCACUACCAUUUCUGCGCCUCCGAGACGUCUCUCUGAUAAUUUGGAUCCUGCUCGAAGAAUGGGCUGCUGCCCGGAGUGCACUCAGAAAUGUGAACAAGAAAUUGCAAGAGCCGCAGCCACAGAACUUGAGAAGCCCAGUCCUGAAGUUGAAUCAGAAUCAGGUCGAUCGCCACUUCCGCAGUGGUUGCAAAGUGCAAAAGUCCAUGAGAGUCGGAAUAAGUUUCAGACCAAAGACCAAGGAAUCCUACAAAAGCAGAGGAGCCAAGAGAUACAAAAGAAAUGGAAAGACAUGUGUCUGCGUUCUCAUCCUCAAUUCCAUCAACAAAUUGUCGGCUCCGACAAGAUUGGUUCUGUGCCUCGGUUGAUCCCAGGAUUGUGCAAUCCUAACCCACUCUUGCGCCAGCCGUUCCAACCCAAAUUACAACUUAACAGAAGCCUCGGGGAAGCCCUGCAGUUGAAUUCCAGCAUGCCUGCUAGCCAACCACCUGAGUCAGUGGCUAGCCCACCGAGAAGUCCCGUCAGGACAGACUUGGCUCUUGGGCCAGUCAAGGUUGCUGAAACCACCUUCGAGACAUCCAAUGGAGACCAACUGAGGGACUUUUUGGGCGUCAUGUCCGCCGAACCCCAGAAGAAGAUCGCUGAGGUGAACAUUGAGAAGCUUCUGAGCAAAUCAGAUACUGACUCAUACAAGAAGCUCCUUAAAGGUCUACUGGAGAAAGUUUGGUGGCAGCACGAUGCCUCAUCUGCCUUAGCCACUGCCAUGACCCAGUGCAAGCUCGGUAACAGCAAACGGCGUGGGCCUGGAUCUAAGGGUGACACGUGGUUACUAUUUAUUGGUCCCGAUCGGGUCGGCAAGAGGAAGAUGGCAUCGGCUCUUUCGAACCAAGUCUGUGGCGCUAGUCCGACGGUGGUUUCUUUUGGAUCGCGUCGCAGCGGCGGGGAUUCCCCUACGAGUUUCCGAGGUAAGACGGUGCUGGAUCGGAUAGCUGAGGCAGUUAGGAGGAACCCAUCCUUGGUAGUCUUGCUCGAGGACAUUGAUGAAGCAGAUGUUCUAGUUCGUGGGAGCAUCAAGCGAGCAAUGGAGACGGGCAGGAUUGCCGAUUCUCAUGGCCGUGAGAUCAGUCUCGGGAAUGUCACCAUCAUCCUCACUCUGCAUUGGUCGCCGGAUAAUCAGAAGUUGUCGUCGGAUGGUACCUCCCUGGGCGAAGAAAAGCUUUUUAGGUUGGCCAGAAGUGGUUGGCAGUUGAGGCUUUCCCUUUGCGAGAAGUCUGCCAAGCGCCGGGCUAGCUGGUUACGGGAGCAGGACAGGCUCACGAAGCCCAGGAAGGAGAGCAGUCUCGGAAUGGGGUUUGACCUGAAUGAAGCCGCAGAUGUGGAUGAUGAUCGGGCUGACGGGUCUCACAAUUCGAGCGAUCUCACGGUUGAUCAUGAUGCCGACCACGGCCUCGACGAUAGACGAUCAUCCACGGCUUCGCUAGUGUACAAGGAGCUGCUCAAUCAUGUCGACGACUCCAUCAUCUUCAGCCCUGUGGAUUUCGAUCCUGUCGUACAGGAAACCACAAACUCCAUCAAAAAGACGUUCUCGACCAUCGUCGGCGGCCGAGUCUCCAUCGAAGUGCAAGAGGAGGCCAUCCAGAAGAUUCUAGGGGGUGUUUGGUUGGGCCAGACCGGAUUGGAGGAGUGGACAGAAAAUGUGCUGAUCCCGUUCUUCCACCAGCUCCGGGCGCGGUUGCCUGCCACCGUCGGCAUGACGCCUGAUGAAUCCGUGCUCAUCAGGCUCGAGUCAGACGGCGAGUCCGAUAGCCCGAGAGAGGGGGAGUGGCUGCCUAGUAGCAUCAAGGUGGUGGUGGACGGGCUGUGAUCGAGUGGCACGGUCGGUAAUGUUCUCGUAUGUUUUGGAGGGAGGAUGUAAAUAGGGUCGAAACCGUCUUGCGCCGCGGUGGGCGAGUCAAGACGGUUGACAGUUAAAGAGGGAAAAACAGUUAGUAUGAGGUCGAGACAUUGAUUAAUUAGAUUAAGUCGAGCACCCUUUCUAAAGAAAAAUGCCCUUCAAUGUCUCACCUUUUUGUCUUAUUUUAUUAAAAUCGCACAAGAUACAAUACAAGCUUUACCAUAGAUACGUCAAUUUGAUUAAUUUUACGGACCAUAAUCAAUAAGAUGAGCAUUCUUUUCCUCUUUUUAGCCCCUUUUGUUUGUUCAUGUGGUAUGGGCAUGUAACACAACGCUCUCUCUUUUCUUCCCCUUGUAUAAUGUCAUGAUUACAUUGACAUCUAUGGUCUGAUCUGACUUACCAAGUUAUGGGCAUUAUGGUUUUGUAUGUUU